AUGGGGAGAACCGAGUCUGUUCCUUGGCGUCUUGGAUAUCAAGGGGGUUCUGGCUGUGAUAGAGAAGGACACAUUUGCAAUGACCGUGGAACUGGUUAUAGCAAGAAUGUCAAGACCUCGAUGGCUGCUUGUGAGAUGAAGACUCACACUUCCUCAGGGUCCUAUUUGGCUGCUGAGAAAUUGAAGGGUAUUCAAAAACCAAACAAAGGAGCUUUAAGGAGAGCAAGGAGGCGCAAGCAACAUAGGAAGGUUAAUCCUAAGUCUCAUGGUGAAUCACACAACAAAUUCGGAGGGACUAACAAGAAGCGGAAACAUCAGCUGGAGAGCAUACAGGGACAACUCCCUCAUGAAACAUAUCCAUGUGCUCACACUUAA